AUGUCACAGACCUACCAGAGCUAUGAACACGCCGAUCCAACCCACACCUCCCGGGGCGCAGUAGGUGGCGGUUCCUCAACCGGCGCUCAAGGCCUCCCAACCGGCCUCCACGAUACCCGAUCUGAGUACGACGGAACCAAGGGCUACAAUCCUGCUACAGGAGCCAGUUACUCAAAAUCAUCGGCGGGGGGACCAUCUCAGACCCAUCAGCGACCGCUCUCACCAUCACCGUCUCGCAGCGAUGAUCGGAUUGUCGGGGAUGCGCCACUCCCAUACACGGCUAGUACGGCGCAGCGGGCGCAGAUGGAUCAAGCCCAUGAGUCCAAGGCCGCCCAGGCUGGGGAGGGGCUGGGAAAUAAAGUGAAGGGUGCUGCGGCGACGGUUCAUGGUGCUGGGGAGUCAUUGCGUGGAGCGUUGAAUACGGCUGUUGAUCGGGCUUUUGGAUCGACGGAGGGCGCUGAGAGAAAUGAGCAGAUUGCGAAUCAGGGUGCGGAGGAGAUCCGAUCUGGUCAGUUUACUUCAGGGAAGAGAUUUGCCAAGUAG